CCGCUGCCUCUGCGCCGUUGGCGUAGCAUGUCCCAAGAUGGCGUCGCGGUCGUCGUCGUUGGCGGCGGUGGCCGGAGCGCUGGCGGCAGCUGGGGUGCCGACGUGGGAAGAGCUGAGAGGGGGAGCGAGGCGGCGGACGGCGGGUGGUAGCAUUAGGAGCGAGUAGCGGCUGCGGAGAGGGUUUUCCCCUCCCUCUCGGCUGGUGUGUGAGGCAGAGACUCUCCGGGAUAGCGGGUCCACGCGCCUCCUCCCCCCACCCACCCCGCGGUUGGGAGAUCCCGACCUUCUCCCGCGCGGAGCCGACACCCGUCCCUCGCGCCCACCCCUCGGCUGCCUCCCUAGUGGGUCCUCCCACCCCUUCUCCCGAGCGGAGGAUGAUUAAGCUCAAGUCCAACCAGACUCGCACCUACGACGGGGACGGAUACAAGAAACGGGCGGCUUGCCUCUGCUUCCGCAACGAGAGCGAGGAAGAGGUGCUGUUAGUGAGCAGUAGUCGUCAUCCAGAUAGAUGGAUUGUCCCAGGUGGUGGUAUGGAGCCUGAAGAGGAGCCUAGUGUGGCAGCAGUGCGGGAAGUUUGUGAAGAGGCUGGAGUGAAAGGGACAUUAGGAAGAUUAGUAGGAAUUUUUGAGAACCAGGACAGAAAACACAGAACAUAUGUUUACGUACUUAUUGUCACAGAAGUAUUGGAAGACUGGGAGGACUCUGUGAAUAUUGGAAGGAAACGGAAAUGGUUUCAGAUAGAUGACGCCAUAAAAGUUCUGCAGUAUCACAAACCUGUGCAGGCUUCAUAUUUUGAAACCUUGAGGCAAGGCUAUUUGGCUAACAAUGGCACUCCUGUUGUGACCACAUCAUUCUCAAAGGAGAGUGCACUGUCCGACAUCAGAUGACUGAAGAUGGCCUUUUGAGAGAAACAGAUUUUGAAAAGUAGACUGAAACUUGGAUUUCCUUUUCUCCCCUCUUCUUGCCUCUUUCACAUGCUUCCUCUUGUCAAACACGACAUCAGUGGCAGCCUUUGGCAGAGCAAAUAUUUGAGUGUUGCAUUCUAGUGCAAAGUGGGGUUUUCUUGCUUUUUCUUGGAUAUGUAUUUUGUAAAACACAUAUUGUGCAUGAAGUGCCCCUUCCCUAUUAACACAGUUUUGACAACCUGAAAGUCAAGGCUACUAGCUUCACCUCUGCCUUGUCUUCUGAAAUGCCCCUAUGUAUGUUGUCCCAGCCAUAGCUAGGCCCCUUUAUCCUUUCAGUUAAAGAGGGCUGAAAGGUGAGCUCAGUUCUUUUAAGUCUUAGAUUUUGUACAGUAAGGUGCUGUUGAGAUCUGUGUGGUGGUCACUUUCUCAGCGCAUGCGUGUAACCUUUUUUUAGAUGGAGAAGCCUAACACUUUGAUUUUGCAGGAUUUUUUUUUUAAUGAGCUGCUUCUGUAAAGGAGGGCUUCAUAAUCUUGUUUGCCUUUUGUUUUUUUAAAGAAACUUAUUUUGUGACAGUGCUAGUGGCUGGGCCAGUUCGACUCCCUGAACCCCACUCCCUUACCCAAAUUUAGAACAGUGACACUUAGAGGAGAAGGCCAAGUUACAAUACCCUGCGAGGCAUUCUUGGUGCUCCAUUCUUUCUACAGGUUCAGUCAAUAUGUUGAUCAUCUAACAAUGAACAGAAACGCAAGGAAUUGGUCACCACUCACUCAACAGCAUACGGCCUCAGAAACUAAAUGAAUUCCAGCCUCAAUAAAUAGGAAUCAGGGAUUCAAAAUGAGUUUAAAAACUAGUAAACUGAAGCAUCAAGCCACUGAUGCUUUCUGCUGGUGUGGAAUUCUUUCUCUUCCUGCUGCAUACUGCUGAUAUCUCUCUUCUUGUUCACAUGCCUUACACCCUACUAAACUGGAUGUUGUAAUUUGUGCUACAACAAUGGAUUGUACUUUUGAGUGUCACUGCAUGGUGGGACAGUUGCAUUAUGUCCCUGAAAAGAAGUUCCAGGGAAAAGCUUCAGGUGUUCAAUCUCCUUUGUAGCAUUGCAGCACUUGUAAAUGCACCACGGAGCAUGCUCAAAUGUAAACUUUAUCCCUCAGUGGCAAAGGUACAACUGGCUCCCAAGCAGAAAUGCUGAUGUGGAGAACUGUCGUUCAAUAGGAUACCUAACCUGAUGCAUUGGCACAUGUCACAUGUUUGUUUCUAUUGAUGUAUGUUUCAUGCUGUCUUGAUUUGCCAACAGUGUUGUCUAGUUGGGAGAUUUUGGAAAGGGUUGUGGGAGGGGGUGGGCCUGGGGAAGGUUUGGGGAGGGGCAUUAGUUAAUCCCUGGCUUGGGACAGGACCUAGUUGCUGUAUUUGGUGACUUCUUCUUUGUCAGAUUAUAGCCAAGAUGUGAAAUUAAACCUGCAGUACUCUUAUUUAAUUUAUCAUUUUCUCUUCCCAUUAUAUACUUAACAACAUAAAAAAUAUAUAUGAAAUAGUCAUGCAGCAUGAAGUAAAAGUAUACUUUCUACUUUGGAAAGUUGCUAUCAAAUUUGAGAUACAGUUCUGUUCAUUUGCUUGAGUUCUCUAUUUUUAGUGAAUGGGAUAGCAUUCCAUAGUGUGGGAUCACAAUGGCAAAAGUGAAGCCAGUGAUCACUAAUGCCAAAAGUUUUUACACAGGAGAAGGCUGAGAGGCAUUAUUCAAUGAGUGGCUUAAAUGUGAAUGUCUAGAAAAAAAAUAUGAAAUUAUGCUGCGCCACUUCGCUGCCCUUCAUCUUAAAAAACAGAACAAUAAAAAUUAAUUCAAAGGGCUUGACUAGUGUCUUGAAGUGUACAAUAUAAUUUCUCUUACUAAGCUAUAUGUGGCACUUUCCAAUAUAGCAAACUGUUGCCUUCAGCUAAGGGGUUUUGUGUCUCAUUGAAUAGAUUAGGCAUGAAAGAUUGAAAGAGAACUGAGAUGCCUGUAAGGGUGACUGCAGUUUUAAUAUCUACAGCAUGCACACUUUUAUAUAUAAAAAACAACACUCUAAAAUGUUUUAUAGGGCUGUUAAACUGACAGUUUAGAAUAGAAUAUCGUUAAUGAUUUGCUAACAACAUUUUAUUUGGGGGGGGGGUGUCGUCCAGGAAAAAUAAAUUGUGCCAAGAAAGUAGUUUAAUGUGGGAUGGAUUUAUGCUGUUAAUGCAACUGCAUUGAGUGGCUGAUGUUUGCCUUCUUAACUGGAAAUGGAAGAUGCAGCUCCCGAGGUUCAAAUAGUCUGGAAUUCUUCACCAGUUAUGUAUUUUAACCAAGUCCUUGCUCCAGCUUAUUAAGCCUCACCUUUUCACCUUCUAUUAAUGCACUAUAGAGAUAAGUCUACAGCUUUCCCAGUAUCUCAGGGUAUUCUGUAAUUAACAAUUCAUGAAACUUCCUUAGCAAGAUAAAUGAAAAUGUCACCACAUCAACUCACCUUUUCAGAGCAUUUCUAAUUACACUGGAACAUUAUGCAUUGGCAAACAAUGAAUCUAACAUAGGGUAAGUAAUGGGAUGUUUAGAUUCAAGCACAACAGUACUAAGAAAGUAGACUGAUCCUCGGUUUAAAGUUAAAAAGUCUUAAUUUAGACUUCUUGCUGUGCUUUACCGUAAAAAAUGCAGCUUUCUUGGGUCUCUAAAUCCAAAAAGCUUUUAGAUUUAUAUACUGUAUUCAGGUACUGCUGAAAAGGGAGGUGAAAAUGCUUAAGAAUUAUUUCCUUCCAAUAAGCUUUAGCUUUAGAUUUAAAUUGAGGCUGAGCAUCCAAAAUCCUGAAGACUGCAUCUGCCCCUCCACCUAACCUCCUGUGCAUCCCAUAGACCUUGGGAACCCCAGCUUUUAUAUGUAAAUUUCUAGUCUUUAACAGUUGCAGAGAGGAGGUUAAAUCUUUGAUUGCAAAAAUAAUUGCUGAACUUGUGCACUUGAGUCAGACAAAUGGUGGUACAUCAUGAGCAGUGUGAUCUGUUGAUACAUAUUUACAAAUAAUUUGUUCUAAGUCCAGAUUUAAUGCCAGUGCUUAGUGUAUUGUUCCUCAUUUAGGUGAGGUCUAUGUUGGUUUUUGCAUUGAAGCAGCCCUACUCAAAUCAAGGUUGUCUUGCUGCUUAAAACUAGUUUUGGCAGCAAGUUUGCAAGUAACUGCUGGGUAAUCAUCAUGAAUCUGAAGCACGGUAGCAUUGUGAGUGAAUGUACAACCUCUGCUGUUUUUCCAGUAUGGAGAGAGGUGGAUUUUCUUUGCUGGGAGGACAAAACCAGCUUCAGGCUCUCUGCAGUUUUAUCUGUCAUCCUGUUGUGAAAAACGCAAUAGUGAUUUUCUAAUGACAUCCCUUCUGUGUUUCAGUGUCAUAGAUUAGAAAGUGUGUGAUGUAGAGUAAAUAGAAUAUGCUGGAGUGUUUUGAUGUAUCUAAUUAAUAUUUUUGGGUUUAACCUUGAAUUAGCUCUCAUUAGAUCCUCUUGAAAAUAGAAAAAAAGACUUUGUAUGAAAGUUUGACCUGAAAUUACCGUCAUUAUUUUAGAUGCAGCAUAGUUCUUAUUUCCCGAAAAACUUUAUACUUGUUGUUAGCCAUAAUCUUGUAAUCACAUCCCUCUGUCGCCAACUCUCCUUUUUUUCUAAGAAGCCCUCAUUUUGUUAACUAGUUUAAAAUUUUGCCAAUAAAGAAAUGGAGUGCCAUUCUAUCCUAGUUAGUCGUUAUACCAGAACUUACAAAAUAAGAGAUUGGUGAGCUGCUUGUGUUCUGGAAAAAAAGCUUAGUUAAUUCUGAGGCAAUUAAAAUUGGGCUUACCCAGCCCUCUGAAUACCCAGACUUCUUGGCUACCACCUACCCAACCCCUUCCCUCCCACUUAACCAUCAGUCCCUCAGCCUGACUUGCUUUCCAAGUAUGGCAGGUAGCAGCAGUGGGCUGUGGAGUUAGGCAGGGAAGAGAUUUCUUUAUGUCCCCUUUCUGGCCUAUGGUGCACUGCACAGCCACAAACAGCUCUGGGGUACAGAGUUUUCCCAAGGGCUAUUGGAAGGGUGGAUGCCUCCCUUUCUUUCCUUAAAGGUGUAGUUAGCUGCUGCCACCUAUAUCAACACCAUAAUAAGGGUUGAAGGGAAGAGGGAUGGUUGGGGUGUGCAUGUCUGUAGGCAGGUUAGGAAGACAGGAGUUGAGAGAAAUUUGAAUUAAAAUUUGAGCCAGAGAAGAAGUUGGGGGGUUGCAUUCCUUUUGUAAUUGAGCAUUACACAAUUUGAAGGAUGAGCCUUCUAAACCUUGUUCUUCCGAGCCAAGAAGUACAAGCUCAGCAACAUCACUUCUUCCAACUUGGGUGUCGUUUUUCUUGAAAGUAAGAUAAUUGAUGAAAUUUGAUUCAAAUUCUUGCUGAUUCUGAAACCUGAUUCCUUAAAAUGAGUUACUCUCUAAGAAUUAUAAUUGGAGUAUGUAUUAGUGAAAAAUUCCAGGAAUCUUGUGUGGUGGUGCCUGAAUUCACCUGUUUUCUAACAUUAAAAGUGCAACUUGUCCUGAAAGGGGAAAAUAACAGUUUAAAUCAAAUAUUAUGCAUAUUUCAUAAUGCUUUGUCUGGUUUUAUUCAUCUGUCAAUAUGGUUGUUUCCAGACACUGGGCGUUGUACUUUUUUGGUUGUGGGGUGGGGGUAGUGUGUGUGCGAGAGAGAGAGAGAGAUGGCAGUGUUGUGAGCCUGUUUUACACUGGAGUGGUAUGUAGGUAUGUAUGCUUUACUCUCUGUAAUAAAGAAGCUGCUUUUGAGUACUA